CACAAGACUAUCUGGCAACUAUAGGACUCAGCACAUUUUGAGGUUUACGCAAUUCGGUUUCUGUAAAAUUGCUGCACUUGUUAACUCAUUUUGAAGCCCAGACUCAGUUGAGCGGAAAUAGUGUAGGCCAGAAACAUGUCACAGUCAUUAGCCGCUGCCGUCUGUCGGACUGGAGUUGCUUUGCGCUGCAGCCGACGUGCUAUGAGCACGGCGAGACUGCUGCGUAAUGGAGCACGUCCUCGCAUAGUGUGCAGCACUACGGCUCUUAACAAGAAUUGGCAACAGACGAGUCUACUCACUGCCUCGACUGGCAACUUGGACCAAUAUGUGCGAUCCUACGCCAAUGAGAAGAAGGUAUUUGAGCGCACAAAGCCUCAUUGCAAUGUAGGUACAAUUGGUCAUGUGGAUCAUGGCAAGACUACAUUGACAGCGGCUAUAACGAAAGUGCUGGCCGAUAAGAAGCUGGCAGAAAGCAAGAAAUACAAUGAGAUUGAUAAUGCCCCUGAGGAGAAGGCGCGUGGUAUUACCAUCAAUGUGGCGCACGUUGAGUACCAGACAGAGUCGCGUCAUUACGGUCAUACAGAUUGCCCCGGACAUGCCGAUUAUAUCAAGAACAUGAUUACUGGCACAGCCCAAAUGGAUGGUGCCAUUCUGGUUGUGGCUGCCACAGAUGGCGCUAUGCCACAGACACGCGAGCAUAUGUUGCUGGCUAAGCAGAUUGGCAUUGAUCAUAUUGUGGUCUUCAUCAACAAAGUAGAUGCAGCAGACCAGGAAAUGGUGGAUCUGGUAGAGAUGGAAAUUCGCGAAUUGCUCACGGAAAUGGGAUAUGAUGGCGAUAAGAUUCCUGUGGUAAAGGGCUCAGCCUUGUGUGCCCUGGAGGACAAGAGUCCAGAAAUUGGCUCUGAGGCUAUACUUAAAUUGCUAAAGGAGGUAGAUAGUUUUAUACCAACGCCAGUGCGUGAGCUGGAUAAACCAUUCCUUUUGCCUGUCGAGAAUGUGUAUUCCAUUCCUGGUCGCGGCACUGUGGUGACAGGCCGCUUAGAGCGUGGUGUGGUCAAGAAGGGCAUGGAGUGCGAGUUUGUGGGCUACAACAAAGUGCUCAAAUCGACAGUCACUGGUGUGGAGAUGUUCCAUCAGAUUUUGGAAGAGGCACAGGCUGGCGAUCAGUUAGGCGCCUUAGUUCGUGGUGUCAAGCGUGAUGAUAUCAAGCGCGGCAUGGUUAUGUGCAAGCCUGGUAGCGUUAAGGCCCUGGAUCAGCUGGAGGCGCAAGUUUACAUACUGUCCAAAGAUGAGGGUGGUCGCACCAAGCCAUUCAUGUCCUUCAUUCAAUUGCAAAUGUUCUCACGUACCUGGGACUGUGCAGUCCAAGUGCAGAUUCCAGACAAGGAGAUGGUUAUGCCCGGCGAGGACACCAAGCUCGUAUUGCGUUUAAUUCGUCCAAUGGUGUUGGAGCAGGGACAACGCUUCACACUGCGCGACGGCAAUCUUACACUAGGCACCGGCGUUGUUACCAAGGUUAUGCCGCCUUUAUCUGAAUCGCAGCGCAAUGAACUGACUGAGGGUAAAAAGGCGCGUGAGAAGAAAGUUGCAGACAAAAAGUAAGCCUGGCAUGUAAGGCACUUUCAGUAACAUACACAGUACUACCAGUCGUUAAUAAAUCGAUUUAAUUUAAGCAA